CACAGCUCUCAUAUCAGUGCUUCUUUCCAUAAUCACUGAGAAUGGCUUCAGUCUCUCUUUCUCCCUUUACUGCCAUUUUGCCAGGCUUCAAAUGCCCAUCCACACACAAUGCAAGCAAUCACCUUAAGCUUUUUGCUAAUGCAUUUCCAAAGCCAAGCAGAAAAAGAUUGGAUUUAAUUCCUUGCAAGGCUUCAUCUACUCAUCAAUCUAUUGCGCGACGCACAGCUAAUCAUCACCCAAACUUGUGGGACAAUGAUUUCAUACAAUCUCUCUCAAAAUCUUGUGAGACUCCCUCUUAUGGUGAACAUCAAGAGAAGCUUAUCAUGGAUAUCAAGGAAAUGUUCAAUGCCCUUCCUCUACACUCUUCAUCUGCAGAUGACCUAUAUCAACGUCUUUCAAUGGUGGACGAUGUAGAACGCCUUGGAAUUGACCGCCAUUUCCAAAAUGAAAUAAAAACUGUUCUUGACUAUGUUUACAGAUAUUGGAAUGACCAAGGCAUUGGACGUGGAAGAGAGAGUCCUUUUGUAGAUCUCAACACUACAGCUUUGGGAUUUCGAAUUCUUCGUCUACAUAGAUAUGGCAUAUCUUCAGAUGUGUUACUACACUUGAAAGGUAAAUAUGAACGAUUACAAUAUUCUAAUAGUCAGACAAACAAUGAGGAGAUAAGAUCUAUCCUAAAUCUAUUUCGGGCUUCACUCAUUUCAUUUCCUCAAGAUCAAGCUAUCAAUGAUGUAAAAUCCUUUGCUACGUCAUAUUUAAAAGAAACUCUACAAAUUGUAAACGAUACCGGUAUUUCAAGAGAGAUAGAGUUCAAUUUGGAGUAUUGUUGGCACACGAAUGUGCCUAGGUUAGAAGCAAGGACCUAUAUUGACAUAUAUGGAGAAGACGAUGUAUGGUUUGCCAAGAACAUCAACAAAAUCAAUAACUCAAAAAUUUUAGAGUUAGCAAAGUUGGACUUCAAUAUGAUCCAAUCAUUGCAACAUCAAGAGAUUCAAGUCCUUUCAAGAUGGUGGGUAGAGUCUGGCUUAGAUAAGCUAGAGUUUGGUCGCCAUCGUCAUGUUGAAUUUUACUUUUGGGCAACUUCAGGAUGUAUUGAGCCAAAAUAUUCUACUUUUAGAAUUGGAUUUGCAAAGUUGUGUACAAUAAUCACAUAUUUAGAUGAUAUUUAUGACACCUAUGCAACUCUAGAUGAGCUCAAGAUCUUCACACAAGCCAUUAAGAGGUGGGAAUUAGCAAGUAUAGAAGGACUUCCAACAUUUAUGAAAGUGGUAUUCAAGGCCUUUGAUAAGGUCUUAAAGGAUAUGGCUAGAGAGAUCAACAAAAAUCAAGGCAAAGACAUGCUUGAAUAUACACGUAAAAAUUGGGAAGCUUAUAUAGAUGCAUUGUUGCAAGAGGCUGAGUGGCUUGCUUCAGGUUUUAUACCAUCUUUAGAUGAAUAUUUAGAAAAUGGAAAAGUGACUGCUGGAUCUAGAGCAGUGACCUUACAACCUAUACUAUCAUUAGAUGUCCCCAUUUCUAAUGAAAUCCUCAAAGAAAUUCAUUAUCCAUCAAGGUUUGACGAGCUCUUUUGCUUAGCACUUAGACUAAGAGGUGACACAAGAACAUUCAAGGUUGAAGCAGAUCGUGGAGAAGUAGUUUCAAGUAUAACAUGUUAUCUGAGAGACCAUCCCGGAUCCAAUGAGGAAGAUGCAAUAAAGUAUAUCAAUUCUUUAUUUGAUGAAACACUCAAACAAUUUAACUGGGAAUAUUUGAAACCUGAUAAUGUUCCAGUCAUUUUAAAGGAAAGUGUAUAUAAUUUAUCAAAAGGUCUUCUACUUCUGUACAAAGAAAGAGAUGGAUUUACUAUCUCUAACCUCGAGACAAGGAAUAUUAUCAUCAAAACCAUGUUUGAAAGAGUGUAAAUGUGGCAUUAGACUUAGGAUAUGGAUAAUGUGUAAGUUUAAAUGAUCAUGUAGUAGAGGAUUCCUAUUUUGAUAAAAAACAUAUUUUAUUAAUAGAUUUUAACUUAUUGAAUAAAAUCAUAUUUUAUG